GGACCGUAAGAUGGCUCUGAUCCAGAUGUCCACGGUGGAGGAGGCCAUUCAGGCUCUGAUCGACCUUCACAACUACAACAUGGGGGGCAGCCAGCACCUCAGGGUGUCCUUCUCCAAGUCCACCAUCUAACCCUCGACCGACCAUUCCUCCAGAGACUGAUGGACGCUCUGCAGUUUGAUGUUUCUCUGUUAAAGAUACUCAUGUGCCUUAUGGAUGUGUCCCUGUUUCUACUCCUCGGCCCCCCUAUGCCCCCCUCGGCCCCCCUAUGCUUUCAGGCACAUCGGUAUUGGGUUUUUUGUUUAGAUCCAUCACUUCUUCUUCUUUAGUUUCUGAGCAGGGGAAUAUCCCUGACUCUUAUUCCACCGGUCCGUCAGUAUCCGUGUUUCCGAAGCCUUUCCAUAGCGGUGUGUGUGUGUGUGUGGCGUCGGCAUGCAGGUGACAGGAAGUGAUGCAUGAAGACGACCUCCUGUGGUUUCCUGUGACUUCCUGUGGUUUCUAAGAACUGGGAGAGCUCCUCUGUGUUCCCCCCAGAGACCCCAUGGAGAAACUCCCAAAGGAGAGACUCCUCCCACUGGAAAGACCCCCAAAAGAGAGACUCCUCCCACUUGAAAGACCCCCAAAAGAGAGACUCCUCCCAGUGGAAAGACCCCCAAAAGAGAGGCUCCUCCCACUGGAAAGGAGAGACUCCUCCCACCGGAAAGACCCCCAAAAGGAGAGACCCCGAAAGGAGAGACUCCUCCCACUGGAAAGACCCCCAAAGGAAAGACCCCCAAAAGGAGAGACCCCCAAAGGAGAGACUCCUCCCACUGGAAAGACCCCCAAAAGGAGAGACCCCCAAAGGAGAGACCCCCACUGGAAAGACCCCCCCAAAGGAGAGACCCCCAAAGGAAAGACCCCCAAAAGGAGAGACUCCUCCCACUGGAAAGACCCCAAAAGGAAAGACCCCCAAAGGAGAGACUCCUCCAAUUGGAAAGACCCCAAAAGGAAAGACCCCCCAAAGGAGAGACCCCCCAAAGGAAAGACCCCCCAAAGGAGAGACCCCAGGACCCCCGUGUGUUAAUGAAGUGUUUCUGUUUUCUACCUGAGAUGAGAGGAGAGUUGUUUCCUCUCUGUUUCUGUAGCAUGCUUAAUAAAAGAUUCUGUAGCUCUCA